CUUCCCCCCGCCCCGCGCUCAGGAAGUAUCGGCGCGCGUGGCACUGUGGGUAGCGAGCGCGGCUGGGUGUGGCUGCUGCGGGCUCUGCUGUGCCGACCGCGACGACUCCGAGCACAGCGCGCACGACGAGAACGGGAUGGCUGCCAUCCGUAAGAAGCUGGUGAUCGUGGGCGAUGGUGCGUGCGGGAAGACAUGCCUGCUCAUCGUCUUCAGCAAGGACCAGUUCCCUGAGGUGUACGUGCCCACCGUCUUUGAGAACUACGUGGCCGAUAUCGAGGUGGACGGCAAGCAGGUGGAGCUGGCUUUGUGGGACACAGCUGGGCAGGAGGACUACGACCGGCUGAGGCCUCUUUCUUAUCCAGACACCGACGUCAUCCUCAUGUGCUUCUCUAUCGACAGUCCCGACAGCCUGGAAAACAUCCCUGAGAAGUGGACCCCUGAGGUGAAGCACUUCUGCCCCAACGUGCCCAUCAUCCUGGUGGGCAACAAGCGUGACCUGCGGAACGACGACGCCACCCGUCGUGAGCUCGCCAAGAUGAAGCAGGAACCGGUGAGGACCGAGGAGGCGCGCGACAUGGCCAACAAGAUCGGUGCCUUCGGCUACAUGGAGUGCUCGGCCAAAAACAAGGAGGGCGUGCGCGAGGUGUUUGAGCUGGCGACGCGCGCCGCGCUGCAGGUCCGCACGCGCAAGAAGAAGUCGGGCUGCCGACUGCUCUAGUCUCAGCCGCUCCCCGUGCGCCGGGAGGGGGGCACAGGCUCACGGGACCCGGCCUCGUGACCACGUGGCAGAAUCUGGAUACCUUUUGAGAGUUUCCCCGGACGCAACGGUGGACUCGAUUAACCGCAUUUGUUGGGAAACGGGCGACCCUUUGCCGAUGAUUGAUUGUCAAGGUAAUUGGACGUUAACCGGAUCGCAUUGGGCGCUAUUAAUACAAACUAAUUCUGUCAAGCCAGUUUUGGACACGGAGAUGAUUUGGCGGUGAGGAAGGAGGGGAGGGUGUUGCGGUGAGAUGGGAGAGUGCAAGGCUUCGGAAUAAAUUGAUCAAAUGUGAUGGGACCCCAACCUCACAAUAGAAAUAAGUUCAUCAGUGCACAUGCCAGCAGCAUUGUUUGAGACUGAUUGAAGUGCGGUUAAUCGAGUCGGCUUUGUAUAAAUUAAUUCCAAUGAAUUGUUAACGAUUGAAAAUGAACAAUUAUCGGGGAUCAGUAGGGAUUCUGCUAGGUUUCAUGAGAUCACCCUUUGCUGAGUUUGGUGCCCCUUGUUUAUGAAGCACAGAUCUCUGGCCCUAUUGCCUUCCUGUUUUAAGUGCAGCCAGGCUGUGGUGCUCCCCACUAGGUGUGUUUAGAAGCCUUUGUGCCUGCGCACUGUGGUGUAAAACCUCAGGUUAGUCCUCUCUCAAGCAUAUCCACAAUGUUCGUUUUGAAUCCACGGCGUAACUAAGAUUGAUUGGACGUGAUUCGGACACAGUGCGAGCGCGGCAGCUUGCUCUGUCGUCGCGGACAUCGCGAGCGACGGCAGGUGAUUGCGCUUGAGCGGCGUUUCCGGAGGUCUUCCUGCUAGCGUGCUGCUGCUGCACGCUGUGUGGUGGGGCUAUACUUGUGACAUGACUAAUGGGUGGGCUGUCGCUCCAUCGUGAUCCCCCAGCACUGUGGCCGUCUUUGUCCCGUGCGUUUGGCAGCCAGAAUCUCGCACCAGUGCGUUUUGAAGUAAUGUCCGUCUGUUGCUACUGUUAUUACGUGCACCUGCCAAAGCUAGAACACAAUACAAGAGGUUGCCUUCUCAGCACGUUGAGCAUUUGUAUUUUAGAUUGCGAAGUCUUUUGAAAACUAAAAAAAAAAUGUUGAAUGAUGAUUUUGUAAUUGUCUAAGGUACUGUGACCUCUGCGUCUGGUUUAUUAAGUAGUGCUGUGGCUCAUUAAGCACUCCCGGUGUAAUUGUUGGGAAAAGGGAUCGGUGUUUGGUUUAACUAAUUUUGUUCUACCCAAUUAAGCCAAUUUUGUCAAUUAGGCAGCAGGUGUGGCUCAAUGCACAUAAUUAUAACUAGUGUGAGGUAGCACAUUAGCUUACUUAGUUACAUUCACAUAGGUGAUUCUGUUUAUUGUUAUUAUUAUCUGUUAAAGUAAUUCCAGACUGAAAUGUUCUGCUUCGUGUACCAUGGUCUGUUUUGGAAUAAAGAAUAUGCUGUUGUA